GAUAUAGCCCUAUUUCCAAGCUGUGUAAUCGAUAUAAGUUUCGGCUUACGAUGUCGUGUAUUGACUUUUGACGUGGAGUCGUAGUAUUUGGUUUCUUUGAUUAGUAGUUGUUAAUAAUGUAUGCUUUAAAACGGGAUAAAAGGGAUGAGGAGGAUGGUGGGAGUGGAAAUCCGUUUAAUAACUUAGAAAAAACAACUGUUUUGCAAGAAGCAAGAACUUUUAAUGAAACACCCUUGAAUACUAGAAAAUGUGCGAACAUUUUGACAAAGAUGAUAUAUCUAUUAAAUCAAGGUGAACAACUUGCUACUGUAGAAGCAACAGAAGCUUUUUUUGCUAUGACCAAAUUGUUCCAAUCAAAUGAUCCUACCAUCCGCCGUUUGGUCUAUCUGUGUAUCAAAGAACUGGCAGGCAUAGCAGAAGAUGUUAUCAUUGUUACCAGCAGCUUGACUAAAGAUAUGACUGGAAAAGAAGAACAGUAUAGACCAGCUGCAAUCAGAGCUCUAUGUACCAUUACAGAUGGUGGCAUGCUCCAAGCGAUUGAGAGAUAUAUGAAGCAAGCAAUAGUGGAUAAAAACAGUUCAGUAUCAAGUGCCGCCUUAGUUUCAUCCCUGCACAUGAUGAAAUCCACCCCAGAUGUUGUGAAGCGAUGGGUCAAUGAGGCCCAAGAAGCUGUAAAUUCAGAUAAUGUGAUGGUCCAGUAUCAUGCUUUAGGCCUGUUGUAUCAAAUCAGAAAAAAUGAUAAAUUGGCCAUCUCAAAACUUCUCACAAAAUACACAAGAACUACUCUGAAGUCUCCAUAUGCUGUGUGCUUAUUGAUUCGAAUUGCUAGCAAGUUGAUUGAAGACGAUGAUGCUGGCUUAGAAAGUCCCCAUUUUGAUUUCAUUGAAAGUUGCUUACGUCAUAAGAGUGAAAUGGUCAUCUAUGAAGCUGCACAUGCGAUAGUGAAUAUGAAAUCCACAACACCCCGAGAGCUCGCGCCGGCUGUGUCCGUAUUACAGCUGUUCUGUGCAUCUUCAAAACCUACUCUGAGAUUCGCAGCUGUUAAGACUUUAAAUAAGGUGGCCAUGACACACCCAGCUGCAGUGACUGCGUGCAACAUUGACCUUGAGAACUUGAUAACGGACUCCAAUCGUAAUAUAGCCACACUCGCUAUAACAACUCUCCUGAAGACUGGCAGUGAAAGCAGCGUAGAUAGGCUCAUGAAACAAAUAACUUCAUUCAUGUCUGAAAUAUCUGAUGAAUUCAAAGUGGUAGUUGUACAGUCCAUAAGAUCUCUGUGCCAGAAAUUUCCCAGGAAGCACAAUGUGAUGAUGAAUUUCUUAUCUGGUAUACUCAGAGAUGAGGGUGGCUUUGAAUAUAAGAAAGCAAUCGUGGAUACCAUCAUUAAUAUUAUCGAAGAUAGCCCUGAUGGAAAAGAAGCUGGACUUGCUCACCUGUGCGAGUUCAUUGAGGAUUGUGAACACACUUCAUUGGGUGUUAAAGUUUUGUAUUUACUUGGAAAAGAAGGCCCAAAGACAUCUCAACCUUGUAAAUACAUCAGAUACAUUUACAAUAGAUUGAUUUUAGAAAAGGCUUCUGUAAGAGCAGCUGCUGUCAGUUCCUUGGCUAAGUUUGGCGCUCACUGUGAAGAGCUUCUCCCAAAUAUUUUAGUUCUUCUGCAGAGGAGCCUCCUUGAUUGUGAUGAUGAAGUGAGAGACAGAGCAACCUACUAUUUAAAUAUCUUAAAUCAGAAGCAAAAAGGACUUUACUCUCAAUUCAUCUUGAAUGGUACAUCUCUUUUGUUUAUUAAAUUUAUAAAUAAAGCUUUGAAGUUUAUAUUUACAAUAGUUUAUAAAAUCGUCUCUGAUAUUUUUAAUUUGAUAUUUUCAGAUCAAUUGUCAGCUGUUCCGGAACUCUCUUCAUUGAACUUGGGUCCAUUGUUUAAAUCUUCUCUUCCUAUUGAACUCACUGAAUCUGAGACUGAGUUUGUUGUUAGAUGCAUUAAACACACAUUCACUAGCCACAUUGUGUUGCAGUUUGACUGUACAAACACCUUGUCAGAUCAAGUGUUGGAGAACGUUUAUGUUCAGGUUGAGCCCAGUGAAGGUUUUGAAGUGGUCUGUUACUCUCCUUGUUCAAGAUUACAGUACAGUGUUCCUGGUACAGCAUACGCCUGCAUCAGCUUACCCAAUGAUCCCUUAGUUGUACUUGGAACAUUGAGUAAUACAUUAAAGUACUUAGUUAAAGAUUGUGAUCCAAACAGUGGGGAACCAGAUGAUGAGGAAGGCUAUGAAGAUGAAUAUGUACUUGAAGAACUGGACAUAGUGUUGAGCGACCACAUUCAAAAAGUAUUAAAAACAAACUUUAGCGCUGCUUGGGAAGAAAUCACUGCUAAGAACGAACUGGAAGACACUUAUGCCUUUAAUCUCAAAACUCUGGAAGAUGCUGUAAAGAAUGUUCUCCAAUUUCUUGGCAUGCAACCUUGCGAAAGGUCAGACAAAAUUCCUGAAAACAAAAGUUCACAUGUACUUUUUCUGUCUGGAGUGUACCGCGGUGGACACAUGGUGUUGGUGCGAGCAAAGCUUGCUGUCCGUGCUGACACGGAAGGCGUCACCAUGAACAUUGCUGUCAGGAGUAGUGAUCCCAAUGUUAGUGAAGUGAUAGCGUCUGCCAUCGGAUAAUCUCUGAUAUAGUCGUUUUAUUAGUUAAAAUGUAUAUUUAAAUAUAUUUUCAGUUAACCUUUUAAUGAUGAUUCGUUUCAUGCUAAACUGAAAUUAAAUCUGAUUGCAACAUUUUUUUUUAUAUUUUUCUACAAAUUUCUUUUGAUCUUAGCCAUUCAUGGUACAUAUAUUUAGUUUAGUUAUAUUUAUAUUUCAAAUCAAUCUCUUUCAAACAUUUUUUUAAUAAUUGUUUAAAAAAGAUCUUUAUUCUUUUUUUUUCCCAAACAACUUCACUUGCAUUAAUUUAUAUUCUUAGUGAGGAAAAACUACUGGUUAUUUGAACUUUUCAGAAAUAGAGGUUUUUAAUUUUAUAUAAAAUUAAAAAUUUUGAGUACAAGUAUUUUAUUAAAAUAUGAAUAUUAACUUUGAAAAAUAAAUAAGUGAAUUUAAUCAUAUUUUGCCUCUUAAAAAAAGAAACAGAUAAAAUUACAAAUGUUUAUCUGUUAUUUAUUUUAAGAGAAAUUCAUAUCAUCUAGCUUUUUUUUCCUCCUUGUUAUCGGUGAAAAAAUAAGAAAAAUUGCCACAAAUACCUCAAAAUGCUGUGAAUAAUUUUAAUUAAAUUUAUUAUACCAUUUAAAAAUUUCAAAUAAAGAAACAUAAGUCAAAAUUAGUACAUAAUCCUUUACAUAGUUUUUUUUUUGUUUUUUUUUCUUUGCAAAAAUAAAAGGUUCUUGAAUUACGAAAAACUUUUUACUAAUUUAGUAACCGCUAUUUGAGGUAUCUGCAAGAGUUUAGAAUUUUUCUAACAGAUUCAAUUCAAUUUCAUAGAAGAAAAAGAAAGAUGAUAUCCCCUCGAAAAGCAAUGAACUUGUAUAAAUUUUGAUUCACUGAAACUUGGGUUGCAUGUUGUAAAACAUAAAAAUGUUCUGAAUAAUAAGUUGCUAAUUCAAUAUAUAAAUUGCAAUUGUGGUAACUUUUUGUUGUUUUAAAUGCUCUUUCAAUCUAUGAAACUGAUGAUUAAUGGUGAAAAAUAUAUUUUAUUUUGAAUCGAUCAAAUUCUAAAUUUCUGUCAGACUAGGAUUAAAGGAUGUGGUUUUUUUUUUCUUUUUAUUAUAUAUUCUUGCUCUAUUUCAUAGUUAUCUAUCAUUCCAUUGUUCAUAUUUUAUGUUUCAUUACCAUGCAAUAAAGUGGAAAAUAUUUUCA